AUGUCUAAUCCCAACUCUGCCCUCCGCCAACGGGUCGGGAAGGAAAAGAACAAGCCGCUGGUCAACGGAGACAAACCCGAGGAUAGCCCAGUCGACGCGUAUCUUAGUGAUGUGCAGAGGAAAGCUCCCAAAGAGUGGGACUAUAAAGUGGCCCUGGGCAUCGUUACAAUUCUCGCAUUUGCAACUCGAUUCUUCGGCAUCAGUCACCCUAAUGAAGUAGUCUUUGAUGAGGUUCACUUUGGAAAGUUUGCAUCCUACUACUUGCAACGAACCUACUUCUUCGAUGUCCACCCCCCUUUCGGAAAGCUUCUGUUUGCCCUCGUCGGCUGGCUCGUCGGCUAUGACGGACACUUUCUCUUUGACAAUAUUGGCGAAUCCUACAUCACCAACAAUGUGCCAUACGUCGCAUUCCGAGCCCUUCCUGCGCUCCUAGGUGCUCUCACGGUCGUGGUCGUCUUCCUGAUUAUGUGGGAAUCAGGCUAUUCACUUCCGGCCUGUGUUCUGGCGUCUGGAUUGGUUCUGUUUGACAACUCUCACGUUGGGCAAACCCGUCUGAUCCUGCUGGAUGCCACGCUGGUCUUCUUCAUGUCCCUGAGUGUCCUUGGUUAUAUCCGAUUCUACAAACAGCGGCACGAGCCAUUUGGAAGAAAAUGGUGGAAGUGGCUCUUGCUUACCGGCUUCUGUAUGAGCUGUGUCAUCUCCACAAAGUACGUGGGCACUUUCACCUUCGUCACCAUCGGAUGUGCUGUCUGCAUCGACCUCUGGGAUCUCUUGGACAUCAACCGCAGGGAAGGGGCGUUGGAUCUGAUCACAUUUGGCAAACAUUUCGUCGCCCGGGCCGUGGGAUUGAUCAUCAUCCCGUUUUUCUUCUACUUGUUCUGGUUCCAGGUCCAUUUCGCCAUCCUCAGCCGAUCCGGUCCCGGAGACGAUUUCAUGUCGCCAGAAUUCCAGGAGACCCUCAGCGACAACCUACUGCAUCAAGCCGCUCUUGACGUCCACUAUUACGAUACCAUUACCUUGCGACACAAGGAGACCAAAGUUUACCUCCACAGCCAUCCGGACAAAUACCCUCUGCGGUAUGAUGAUGGUCGCAUCUCCAGCCAGGGGCAGCAAGUUACCGGCUAUCCUUUCAACGACACCAACAACCAAUGGCAGAUUCUGCCAAACGAUCCGAUCCCCGACGGAAGUGGUGUUGACAGGCCUGUGCUGAACGGUGAUCUCAUCAAGCUUCGACACCUUGUUACCAACACUAUACUCUUGACCCAUGAUGUGGCGUCCCCGUACCAUCCUACAAACCAGGAAUUUACCACUGUACCCCUGGAGCUUGCGGCCGGGGAGCGUCACAACGACACAUUGUUCGAGAUUCGAAUGGAGCAGGGAAAGAAGGGUGUGCCAUUCAGGUCCAUGUCUGGGCAGUUCAAGCUCAUCCACCACCCAUCCAAAGUUGCCAUGUGGACACACACAACACCUCUUCCGGACUGGGCGUUCAAGCAAGCCGAAAUCAACGGCAACAAAAACGCUCAACAAUCAAGCAACAUUUGGUAUGUGGAAGACAUUCCCAGUCUUCCCGAAGAUUCACCAAGGCGUAUCAAGGAGGUUAGAAAGCCGAAACAUCUGCCUUUCCUGAUCAAAUACAUUGAACUCCAGCGAGCCAUGUUCUACCACAACAAUGCAUUGACGGCAAGCCACCCAUAUGCCACCCAACCCUUCCAUUGGCCUUUCCUGCUGCGAGGAGUCAGUUUCUGGACUCAGGAGAGCACCAAGCAACAGAUAUAUUUCCUGGGAAACCCAAUCGGAUAUUGGAUUGCUUCCGCUCUCCUCGCUGUCUUUGCGGGCAUCGUGGGGGCAGAUCAACUAGGUUUGAGACGUGGAGUCGAUGCUCUCGAUAGACGCACUCGGUCCCGUCUGUACAAUAGUACGGGGUUCUUUUUUCUCUGCUGGGCGGCACACUACUUCCCAUUUUAUCUAAUGGGACGUCAACUCUUCUUACAUCAUUAUCUGCCCGCACACCUGGCUUCCUGUCUGGUUACUGGUGCUCUGGUCGAAUUCAUUUUCAACGUCGAUCCUGUCAUCGACCAGCAGACAUCUUCGGUGAUAGCUGCCAAAAAGGACAAGGUUGGUGGCAAGCUCUCGGAAAGGACCAAACGAACGUUCCAAACCGCAUCGGACCGUCUCAAGGGACAAAGUCUGGUCGCCACUUGGACAGCCACCAUUGUCAUCCUGGCCGUGGUGCUUUACGGCUUUAUUUUCUUCUUCCCCCUUACAUACGGCUGGCCAGGUCUGACCCCUGCCCAAGUCAAUGCCAGGAAGUGGCUGGGGUAUGAUCUGCACUUUGCCAAAUGA